GGAUGACACAUUCAAAAACAGCUCCAAGGAAAAACUCCCACCGGCGGCAGAAAUGGCGAAGCUUGCUGCAUCUUUUGACAACCUUAUGCAUGCGCAAUUUGACCUAUUCUUUGCUCUCGGCUCACUAGUUUCCGAUCGCCGUCGAGACGAUUAUGAUCUUGAUUAUAAGCCUCAUCCAAAAAAAGGAUUAGCAAGUUUAGUAGCACCUGUAUUAAAGGCUACUCAACCUGUUGUCACUGGGAUGGCCUGCGGUCUGCGCAAAAGCUCUCAACACCUGAGACAUCUGUUUGCCAACACUGCCGCAGUAAAUCUUCUGAACAAAGAUGAAGAAGAGCUUGAUAGGAUUAUGGACAUACUCUAUCUAGACUUCAUAGAGACAGAAAUUUGGUAGUAGGUCUUGCUUGACAUAUUUAUGCUGCUCUUUUUGUAUGAAGAAAAGGCAAAGAGGAAGAUGGAUUAGCAAACUUCUACUUGGGGUGAGAAUGGGCGGGAUACCUGGAAUUUGGCUAGAAUGAAUUCUGG